AUGUCUUCAGCCUCUGCAGCUACUUCAUACUCCCAAGCUGCUGCGAGUAGCUGGUCCGCCUUUCUGAAGUCCAUCGCUUCCUUCAACGGCGAUCUCUCCUCCCUCACCGCGCCACCCUUCAUUCUCUCCUCUCAGUCUCUCACUGAGUUCUCAUCCUAUUGGGCCACCCACCCACCAAUCCUCACUGCCCCAGCAGCCGAGGCCGACCCAGCCAAACGCGCCUUGCUCGUCCUCAAAUGGUUUCUUUCAACACUCAAGCACCAAUACGCCAGUCGCAGCGAGCAGUUUGGCAACGAGAAGAAGCCUCUGAAUCCUUUCCUUGGCGAGCUUUUUCUCGGUAAAUGGACUGAUGAGGUUGGCGAGACGACGCUUAUCUCCGAACAAGUCAGCCACCACCCCCCAACGACCGCGUACUGCAUCCACAAUAAGAAGACCGGAGUCCAGCUUGAGGGCUACAACGCACAAAAGGCCACGUUCAAGAGUACAAUUAUUGUGAGGCAAAUUGGGCAUGCCGUGCUCACAGUCCCAACUAGAUCAGCGAACAGCAAGCAAAUGACGGAACGUUACCUCAUCACACUUCCGAGCCUGCAUAUCGAGGGCCUGAUUUUCGGCACUCCGUUUGUCGAGCUAGAUGGUACAAGCACGAUUACUAGUUCAAGCGGAUACACUGCCAGAAUUGACUACAGUGGAAGGGGCUGGCUUUCUGGCAAGAAGAACACCGUUACAGCCGUGCUGCACCCCACUGGCAAGGAAGAAAACGUGCUGUACAACAUAACCGGGCAAUGGACCAAGGAGUUCGAAAUCUACGAGGGCCCUGCGAGGAAUAACUCCAAGUCAACCCUCGUCUCGACCUAUGAUGCCGCCGGGACGGCCCAAACAGAGCUUCAGCUUGCGCCGGUCGAGAAGCAGCACCCUCUGGAAUCCCGCAGAGCUUGGGCCAAAGUAGCUGAAGCUAUCCAGAAGGGUGAUAUGGAUGCAGUAUCAACCGAGAAGAGCAAAAUUGAGAAUGCGCAGCGGAGCUUGCGAAUCAAGGAACGAGAAGAGAGCAGAAGUUGGGAGAGACGGUACUUCGUUGCAGUCCAAGGUGACGACGAGACCCUGCUUGCGCUGGGAAAGGACGCUGGAAUGCCAGCCAAUGGCGAUCAGGAUAAAACGGGUGGUCUUUGGAGAUAUAGCAACGAGAAGGCAGCCUUGGUCUCAACCGAGCAGUUGAGCACCGUUGAUGAUCAACGGAUUCGAAAGGAUAUCCUUGGACAAGAAUCGCCGAGCUGA